AUGUCUCACUUGGGUCAAUUUUCUCGAGAUACCAUGUCUUACUCUCAAGCUGCUACUCAUGCUGAAGCAGCAAAUACAUUCCCAACCCGCAACACUACAACUAUGUACACCCAGCAGCAAGCUCGCACAACUCGGGACACCCAAGGUCAGCAGACUUCUUUUGCUCAAACCAGCGCUGGCGUUACCCAGGCAGGGGAUGGUUCUAUGAACGCAAUGAUCAACCAAUUUGCUGGUUUGGCUAUUCCUGGCAACAUGCCCAGUUCUACAGGUCCAAUGACUGCUAAUCAACAUCCUUUGGGAACAGGCCAGGUCUACUUUCAAGUUACACCGGAUGGUCUUGUAUAUGCACCAAGCAUGUUCCAGCCACAAUCUCUAGCACCUCAGCAGUUAUCUGAGAAUGCAUACAACAUGAACUCUUUUCCGGGAGCAUUGCCUUAUCUGGCCCAGGCAUCUUCGGUUUACCCUGGCUAUGUCCCAGGAUACCAACAGAAUAUCCCAUAUACACCCAACGCUCGAUCUGGCUACUAUCCUGACAGAUCCGAUCAUUCUCACUCGACCAAAGAUGUCCCUGGCCUCGAGAAUCGCCGCGGCUCGUACUCCACCACUGAGUCUCUUCCCGGAACACCAUACUACGCUUCGUUCGCCCAUCGUGAAUCUGGUGCUCACAUUGCCGCAAUCGAUCGAUCUCCAUUCGGCUCAACCCCCUCCCCUCAGCAGCUUCCGGUUCCUCACGCUCAACCCCUUGUUAAGGCACUUCCAUACCCCACGGUUCCUAUUGGUAUCGAUAUCCAAGCUCUUGUGAAACAGUUUCCACCAAUUCCAAAGGCUGUUCCCGCAGUUUUUACCCCGACUGAGAACAUGAGAACUUUGGAUCAGAGCCUGCACAAUCCCAUCAAGAACAACCGCAAUGUCUACAUUCGUGGACUUCACCCAAAUACCGAUGAUGAAACACUGGCGCAAUAUGCCGCACGCUUCGGCAAGGUCGAGACCUCCAAGGCAAUUAUCGACACAGCUACUGGUGCUUGCAAGGGAUUUGGUUUUGCUAAGUAUUUCGAUGUUCGCCACUCCGAGCUUUGCAUUCGCGGUUUUUGGGAACUGGGUUAUGAAGUCGGCUUUGCUAGAGAAUCCUUCAAUGCUCGUCUUAAGGCAGAGGGUGAUGAGGCAUCCACCAAUCUUUACGUCUCCAACUUGCCAAAGACCAUGACCGAAUCUGAAUUGGGUGCUAUCUUCAUGGACUACAAAGUCAGCAGCAGUCGCAUUCUUCGUGAUAGUCAGAACCACAGCCGUGGAGUUGGAUUUGCUCGUUUCGAGAACCGUGAUGUCUGCGAAGAGAUCAUCCGAAAAUUCCACGGUCAGCCUAUCGGUGAAGAAGGCCUUUUGCUUCAAGUCCGCUACGCCGACACUCCGGCACAGAAGGACUUGAAGCGCAUCACCACUGAACGUCGUCAGUUCCGCACCAAUGAGUACAAUGUUGGAGCUUAUGGUGCUCCUGCAGCAGAUAUGAUUGCAUUGGCUUCUCCUCCAAUGCCAUCUCCUAUCCUUCCCCGAGCUUCUCAGAUUGCUCGCCACCUUCCUGGCUCCAGAUCCAGCGGAUCUUGGAAGAGAGAUGGUGUUCCUAGCCCUGUUCACCAUGUCUCAGGCUUCAAGGAUUUGGAUCGAUCAGUUGUUAAAGUUUCCUUGACCGAGGCUUCCCCCAAGAAACCCUUGACUCACGUUGUCGUUCCAAGCGUCACUCCAACAGUUUCCGAGAGCGGUUCUGCCGACGAUGGAGUCACGAUUCAUGAUUCUCCAGUUGUCGUUCACAGUUCAUCCAUAACCCAUAGUGCUUCUGCCACCUCUCCAUCUGCUCGCAAGUAG